AUGAUUGUUUCCAGUAUUUAUUUGUAUAGAGUGGUGGAGUAUGAUGGGCUUUAUUUUCAGUUUCAACAAGCUGAAGAAACAGCUGUGAUUAUUGGUGGCGAUGACUCAAACAUGAAUGCUUGCCUCCUUGCUGAAAACUUCAGGGGUAAAAAUCUUAAAAUUCGGGUGAUCGGCUGUCCAAAAACCAUUGAUGGUGACUUGAAGUGCAAAGAGAUUCCCACAAGCUUUGGAUUUGAUACAGCGUGCAGGAUAUAUGCUGAAAUGAUUGGAAAUGUUAUGAUAGAUGCCGGUCAACUGGAAAAUAUUAUCAUUCUUACGGGGUGUGCCACUUCACAUAUUACUCUUGAGUGUGCAUUGCAAACUCAACCAAACAUUACCAUUAUUGGAGAAGAGUUCUUCCUUUGCCUAGUAUAUUUUUUUCUGCAGGUUGCUGCCAAGAAGCAAAUACUGAAAAAUGUCAGAGACUACAUUGUAGAUAUAAUCUGUAAACGUGCUGAACUUGGUUACAACUAUGGUGUCAUACUUAUUUCAGAAGGUCUAAAUGAUUUUAUUCCUGAGGUGCAGCAGCUUAUUGUAGAAUUAAAUGAUGUUCUAGCCCGUGAAGUUUUUGAUGAAAAUGGGCAAUGGAAAAAGAAACUCACUGGUCAGUCUGCACAGCUUUUUGCGUUUUUACCUCAAGCUAUUCAAGAACAAUUGAUGCUUGAAAGAGAUUCCCAUGGAAAUGUCCAGGUUGCUAAGAUAGAGACAGAAAAAAUGCUGAUGGAAAUGGUUGACACUGAGUUGGGGAAGAGGAAGAAGGAAGGUGCGUACAAAGGGAAAUUUAAAGGGCAGUCCCACUUUUUCGGAUAUGAAGGAAGAUGUGGUUUGCCAACAAAUUUUGAUGCUUCCUACCGUUAUGCACUGGGUUAUGCUGCCAGAGCUCUUUUUCAUAGCAGGAAAACUGGCUUGAUAUCAUUGUUUGGAAAUUUGAGUGCUCCAGUUGAUCAAUGGACUGUAGGUGGAACUGCUCUGACCUCCUUAAUGGAUGUGGAGAAGAGACAUGGUGCUCCAUUUAAAAAAUUUGCAUCCUUGCGGGACGAGUGGGCGCUCAAAAAUCACUACCUUAGUCCUGGUCCUAUCCAAUUUUGCGGUCAAACAGCCACUGCCGUUAAUCGUACACUGCUCUUGGAGAUUGGUGCUAAAGUUUAACCAUGCUAUCAAAAUUCAUCUCAGAUGGAAGUUGAUUCGCCCAGAGAAAAGAAAACAAUAAUGGGCCUACUAUCGCAUUCAAGGCCCGCCAGAGAAAGUGAAGAAGGGAGAGACUGGAAGAAGGAGCCGGAAAAUGCGAAACCUAUUAUUUUUAAUAUAUUAUUAAUUAAAUAAUUUUUUUUAAACAAAAUAUUUUUUAUUAAUUUUAACAGUUUAUAGAUAAGAGUUUGAAUUUUUUAUACUUAUCGAAUAUCAAUUUGGGUUUGUAAUAAACCUUUGAUGGAAAUAUA